AUGGAAGACGACUUUUUGGCAAACAGAAGAUUUUCCAUGGUAACGGUUCCUCAAGGAAUCAAUCGUCUCUUGCAAACGUUGUCCACAAUUGAUCCGCAUGUGAAAACGAUUGGCACCACUAAGAAGAGGAAAGCAAAAUUACAAGAUGAAAUCGAUGAGAAAGAACACUCAUCCAGCAAGGGCAGUUUUAUGCACUCAGUCUCACUGCAGUUCAAAAACGUUCGUCUUGAGACGGAGUUCCAUAAAGAGAUGGACCACUGGUUCAUUCCAGCGUUGGCAAUCAGCAUAUUUUUCUUGGUCGUCUACGGUAUUUAUCACAUGCUUGUGAUGCCAAGGUCACUACUGUUCAAAGCAGCUCUUAUUACUUGGCAGUUCUUCUUAACUAUCUAA